AUGACCCUAGUCUCAGAUGAUCCUAGUUGGUGGCCAUCCAUUAAUGCAAAUCGCGUCAUUAGCUAUUUCGUAGUUGCCGCCUCUGCUGGGAUUAUGUAUGAUUGGGCACUAACAUUCGGACAAGAGGUUGAACUCAUCUGGAGGCACCACUGGUCCCUGAUGACCGUUCUGUACCUCAGUCAUGUAGUCAUUGUUCCGACAAUCUCGUUGACAGACGUAGGGUUGUUGGUUCAAUAUAACGACUGCCAUAGCUGCUACGUGAUGUAUAACACAAUCAAUUGGGUGGCUGUGGCCAUAGAAGUGUUUCUGUGCGUUAUCAUGAUCACUCGGCUAUAUGCCAUGUAUCAGAAAUCCAGAACGGUGCUAAUAUUUCUCGUCACCAUCUUCCUGACUUUACUCGUCGCCACUAUUUCGAUGCCCGCAAUAUCGAUGAGGGGUGGUUCAGGGGCUUGGAUGCUGGUCAUUGUAUGGGAAGUCUUCACAGUGUGUCUCGCAGUCCGGAUUGCUGUAAAACACUUCUAUGAACUGCGACGACAAUCGGCAGGAGGGCUUAUCGGGGACUGUUUCACAGUUUUAAUAAAAACUCAUCUGAUUUACUUUGCGAGCUAUCUUGGUGCUUCUUGCUUCGAGAUCGGUUUGAUGUCCCCAGCAUUUGCGGACUCAUCUUUGGGAUUUGGGAUUUAUUAUGGUUUUGCUGAAACCUUCUUUCUCGCGCAUAUGUGUGUGCUGGGGCCACGCCUGAUCCUUAGCGUUCGACAAUAUCACGCUAAGCUCGUGACCGACUCCGAUGCAGCAAGCCCCAUGACUUCAAUUGUUUUUGAGCGCAUGCAUGUGUCAACUAUCGGUGUGGAACAGACAUGA